UUCAGCAGGGGGCGCCAAUCUGUUAUCGUGACGUCUCCAUGACAGCAGGAAGAGGAAGUGUGUGCUGGGUUGUUUACAGUGUGUGUGGGUGUUGUUUAGCUACAGAGAAGUUGAAUUUGUCCGCAUGAUUUGUUUGCUAAGCAAUCGAAGCAGAUACGGUAUCACAGCUUGCACAGUAGUUUACUGAAAGUACGAGUUUUGGAGUUUAUUAUUUUUUUCUUAUGGCUCCAGAACGCUGUGUACGGAUUGUAUUGUUACAGUAAUUCGCUCUGUCGAUGCUGCUUGCUACCUAAAUCAAGUGCUGAUUGAAUAAAAAGCGAGUCUCCCUAUAUUAUUAAUAAUAAAAUCCCGAAUAAGGAGAAAAUAUCUCAAGCUAACAGUCAGUGAAGAUGGACGUCAGCGUCUCCGUGUCGUUCUUUCAAGACGAGCUCGCCUCUACCAUCGAGCACGCAGUGAAAGCGGCUGUAGACACCGUCUUGUGCCAAAUCACAAAAGUUGUCGGCGGCAAAUUCACUGAAUUCCGAAUGGAAAUGGCUGGAAAGGAGAAAGAGAAUGAAAGUCUGAAGCUGAGAUUGGAAAUAUCAGAGAGCGAGUUGAAAGCAGUGCGGGAAUGCAUGAACGCUGCAGAUGCAGACAUUAAACAACCUCUCAGAAACAUGAACCCCGACUGCAAUGAACAAGACUUUCAGAGGAACGAGAACCAGGGAUUAUUCAUCAGAGUUAAAGAUAAUACAGAGAGACAGACUUUCAUUGAAGCAGAUGAGGGGCUAGACGCUGUUUACACACAAGAGGGGAUCUUUGAUCAUGAACAGUGUGCAAGUUUAAUGCAGGUUACACAGCAGACGUCUUUGGAAGGUAAAGAAGCCCCAAGACUUGAGUCUGUCCACAUUAAAGAGGAGGCAACUGAACUGGAGCCUGUCCACAUUAAAGACGAGGCCUAUGAAUUUGAACUUGUCCACAUUAAAGAGGAGGCACCUGAACUGGAACCUGUCCCCAUUACAGGGAAAGUUUCUAAAGAAAAUAAACUGGAGGACAAUGUAGUUCAGCUGGGAUCUAGCCAUUGUGUUUAUUGUCCACCUGAAUUGGUCUGCAUGAAACCCAAUCAGUCUGUCUCUGAAGACACUUGUUCUAGUGUUGGAGAAGAGGGCACUGUGCUGGGGUCCAUUCAGAGGAAACGUCACACCCCUGAAGAUGGAAAGGAGGAAGGAGCAAUGCCAUGCACUAGCAGCACAACAUCAGAUAUAGGAAGACACAACUCCACUCCUGAACCCCAGGGAAAAAUGCAGUACAAGAAACACAGAGAGUCGUCACCCCCAAAUGAAUAUGUGAAGAAACUGAGAACAGAGAGCCGAUCACUUACUCUGGGUUACAUAGUGACUCCACAUCCUGAGGGUGUUAACAAUUCUGCAACCCAGGGCAACUUCAUUCCCAGACAAACUCCCCAGCAGAUUCCUUCAGAGCAGAUCUUCUAUCACUGUACUGAAUGUGGCACCAAUUUUAGUGACCUGGGAAACCUUAAAGCACACCAACAGAUUCAUAAAGAACAGACGCCCCAUCACUGUACUGAAUGUGGAAAAAGCUUCAGAUGGGUAGGUGGGCUUAUAACUCACCAGCGUAUUCACACAGGAGAGAAACCCUAUCUGUGUACUGAGUGUGGGAAGAGUUUUAUUCAGAAAUGUAACCUUCAAUCACACCAGCUAAUUCACACAGGAGAGAAACCAUUUCACUGUACUGAUUGUGGGAAGAGAUUCAGAGGUUCAAAAGACUUAAAACUACACCAGCGAAUUCACACUGGAGAGAAACCAUAUCAGUGUCCUCAAUGUGGGAAGAGUUUCAGUUGGAGAAGCAACCUUAGAAUACACCUCAGAAUCCACACAGGAGAGAAACCCUUUGAGUGUACUGACUGUGGGAAGAGAUUUGUAGAGUCAAAUAAACUAAAGAGACACCGUCGAGUUCACAGAGAUUUAGUCCGUUUGGACACUUAAAAAAACUAUUCAGUUUACAGAAUGAAAACCUCAAUCACACCAGAAUACCAAAACAGACCCAUGUGUAUCUCUGUCAGAAUACCAGCACAGACCCAUGUGUAUCUCUGUCAGAAUACCAGCACAGACCCAUGUGUAUCUCUGUCAGAAUACCAGCACAGACCCAUGUGUAUCUCUGUAAGUUUCAAUUGCAGAUAACUGUUAAAAUAAAUGAAUUAAAAAGUUUAGAAAAAGGUCAAAUCUGAAAAUUCCUGGUCUGCUAUGUAUGCAAAUUAUUAUAGAUCUAAAGCACCUACAGUGCCUAUAGAAAGUCUACACCCCCUUUCAAAAUGUUCACCUUUUGUUGCCUUAUAUCCUGGAAUUAAAAUGCAUUAGAAUAGUUUUUUUUUUCAUUUAUCUACACAUCCUACCCCACAACUUCCAAGUGAAAAAAAUAUUCUAGAAAUUUGUAGAAAAUUAAUUAAAAAUAAAAACUGAAAUAGCAUGGUUGGGUAAGUGUCCACCCCCUUUGUAAUAGCAAUCCUGAAUUAGCUCAGGUGUAACCAAUCGUCCUCAAAAUUACACACCAAGUUAAGUGGCCUCCACCUGUAUUAAAUUGUAGUGAUUCACAUGAUUUCAGGAUAAAUUCAGCAGUUUCUUUUGGUUCCCUCUGCUGGUAGUGCAUUUCAAAGCAAAGACUCAACCAUGAGCAACAAGGGACAAAGUUGUUGAAAGGCACAGAUCGGGAUGGGUAUAAAAACAUAUCAAAGGCCUUGAAUAUCCCUUGGAGCACGGUCAAGACGAUUAUUAAGAAGUGGAAGGUGUAUGGCACCACCAAGACCCUGCCUAGAUCAGGCCGUCCCUCCAAACUGGAUGACCGAGCAAGAAGGAGACUGAUCAGAGAGGCUACCAAGAGGCCAAAGGCAACUUUGCAAGAGCUACAGGCUUUUAUGGCCAAGACUGGUCAAAGUGUGCAUGUGACAACAAUAUCCAAAGCACUCCACAAAUCUGGCCUGUAUGGUAGGGUGGCAAGAAGGAAGACAUUACCAAGAAAGCCCACCUUGAAUCCCGUUUGAAGUAUGCAAAAAAACACUCGGGAGAUUCUGUUGCCAUGUGGCAAAAAGUUUUGUGGUCUGACGAAACAAAAAUGGAACUUUUUGGCCUAAAUGCAAAGCGUUAUGUUUGGAGCAAACCCAACACAGCGCAUCACCCAAAGAACACCAUCCCUACUGUGAAGCAUGGUGGUGGCAGCAUCAUGUUAUGGAGAUGUUUCUCAUCGGCAGGGACUGGGGCACUUGUCAGGAUAGAAGGGAAAAUGAAUGGAGCAAAGUACAGAGAAGUCCUUGAGGAAAACCUGCUGCCCUCUGCAGGAAAGCUGAAACUAGGACGGAAGUUCACCUUUCAGCAUGACAACGACCCAAAGCACACAGCCAAAGCUACACUGGAGUGGCUAAGGAACAAAAAGGUAAAUGUCCUUGAGUGACCCAGUCAGAGCCCCGACCUAAAUCCUAUUGAAAAUGUGUGGCAUGACUUGAAGAUUGCUGUCCAUCAACGCUCCCCAAGGAACUUGACAGAGCUUGAACAGUUUUGUAAAGAAUGGUCAAAUAUUGCCAAAUCUAGGUGUGCAAAGUUGGUAGAGACCUAUCCCAGCACUCACAGCUGUAAUUGUUGCCAAAGGUGCUUCCACCAAGUAUUAACUCAGGGGGGUGACUUAUCCAAUUAUGAUCUUUCAGUUUUGUAUUUUUAAUAUAUAAUUUUUUUCUCAAUAAACCUUUUUCCCCCUUAACAGUGUGGAGUAUGGUGUGUAGAUAAGUGGAAAAAAAUCCUCAUUUAAAUGCAUGAAACUCUGAGGCACUGACACAACAAAAUGUGAAAAAAGUUCAAGGGGGUGUAGACUUUCUAUACGCACUGUAUAUGAUGUGAGAUCAGUGUGUGAAUAUACUGCAGCAAUCAUGGAAAAGCAGCAGGUGUCCCUGUAACCGGCUUAUUCCUCAGUGCAGCGGCUGCAUUGACCGACGUGCCUAUCAGCACAGUCCUGGGAGUUCAUGGAAUAGCAAGAUUUGCAGAAAGACAUCAGCAGGAAGCUAUACCUGCAGCAUACAGACAUGUGUCAUGCAUUGCGAUAAGUAGGGCCCUGUGUUUUAAAUGACGUUUUUAUAAUUUAGUAGUCGGCAAUUGUUUUUUGAUCAUUUUCUCCCGUUUGGAAUAGCCAAUUAUUUUUAGGCUCAGCUCACCACUACCACCCCGCGCUGACGCGAGUGGCGAAGACGAACACACGCGUCCUCCGAAGUGUGCCGUUAGCCGACCGCUUUUUUUUCACACAGACUCUCCAUGCAGCCACCUCAGAGCUACAGCGUCGGAGGAUAAUGCAGCUCUGGGCAGCUUACAGGCAGAUUAGACUACAGGGCCAGACUACAGGGGUCACUGGUGUGCGGUGAGCUGAGGACACCCUGGCUGACCUAAGAGCCCCCCCCCGGGUGGGGCUCGGUCAAUUGUGCGCCGCCCCCUGGGAGCUCCCGUCCACAGUCAGCAGUGGAAUAGCCUGGACUCAAACCGGCGACGUCCAGUCUAUAGGGCGCAUCAUGCAGUCCACGCGGAGCGCCUUUACUGGAUGCGCCACUCGGGAGCCCCAGUGACUUGUUUUUUUAACCUGUAAUUUAGUCCUAAAGACACAAGAUGUCGAUAUUACCUCCACUGUAAGCCACAUAAUGAGAAAUCAUUAAACAGUCAUCUCUUUAUGCUACUUUAACCAUUUUAAUUUGUCAUGCCAUUACUGCAAAGUAUGUAUUUGCAGAUUAAUAAACAGAACGCUGUAGACGGCUACUGAUAUGCAUUUUACCCCUUACAUCCCUGUGAACACAUAGAACAGGAUUUUAAAAGAGGGUUUUUUUCAAUAUUAUUUCAUACAACUCAAAAGUGUAAAUACAUUAUUUAUAGGUUUUAAUUUACCAGAAUACUUUUACGUAAAUCGUUUUGUAAAAACAAAAUUAUAAUAAUUUCCUUUAUGUGCAUCUCAAUAGGCGCAAAUGUGUAUUUAGUCAACAGAAGGUAAGAUACUGUUUUUUUAAUGGAUUUCCCUAUUCUGGCACUGAUCUCUGAACAGUAUAGAUAAUAUAACCAUUUAUUGGAAACUGGGCAUUUGAUAGAUUAUGUAAAACCUGUAAACUGUGUAUUUCUUCUGUGUUUUGUUUUCAUUUGUUUUGUUCUUUGAAUAUAAUGUAAAAAAGUUGUUCAUAAAGCACCCAUGAGUGUUGCUUAUGUUUGCAUGAAAGACAGAAACAAACACUUCUCAAUCCUUGUGCAUUAUAUUUUGCUAUUAAACUUAAGCAUCGUCA